AACUAACCAUCCUAGCAGUUGGUUAGGAGACUCUAGAGUGCGUAAGAGUACGUAUCCUAUCUCUGCGUGGUUUCCUUCACCCUUUCUCGCUCGUUCGCGUUCAUUCCCGCUCUCGUCUCGCGCCCACCGCUACGAUUGGCUAGACCAGGAAUAAGGCCCGCCUUUAAGCGUGAAGUAUGACGGGAGACGUAGUUUCUUGCGUACUGUGCACAUGCGUGCGGGGAAGAUGAGUGGAAGGCGCAGCAGGAGCCACUCGGCUCGUGUGGAAAACUCUGGUUCGCCCGUCAACGGAGAAGCGCCCAAGAAGCGGGUCAAGCAAGCGGUUCGCGCGGAGUUUUCUGCAGCCCUGAGGGAGCCGGCCCUGAAGGAGAAGGUGACCGCGGCUUGGGCCUGCCAGAAAGCCUUCGACCACGAGGCCAUUGUCUUAGAUCCUGUUCCUUUCCAUCACUGUGUCAUCCCAAACUUUUUCGAAAAUGAGGACUUUUCAGAAGGUCUGCAAAAGGAACUUUUGAGCCUGGAUUUCCAUGAAAAGUGCAAUGACUUGUACAAAUUCAAGCAGUCUGAUGACCUGAAGAACAGAGGAGGGCCUUACAUCACUGCUUUAAGAAAAGUUCUCUUUGAAGAGUUCCAGUCUUGGCUUUCUGAUGUAACCCAAGUGAAGCUGGAGCCAACCAUUGAUCUGUCCUGUGCCAAAUAUGAAUAUACAGAUGCCUUGCUCUGCCACGAUGAUGAGUUGGAGGGACGGCGAAUUGCUUUCAUCCUUUACCUUGUACCACCAUGGGAUAAAAGUGACGGAGGUACCCUGGAUCUGUUCAGCACAGAUGAUAACUUCCAACCUUUGGAGAUUGCCAAGUCUGUGGUCCCUUCAUGGAACUCGCUUACUUUCUUUGAAGUAUCACCAGUCUCUUUCCAUCAGGUGGCUGAGGUUGUUUCUGAAGGGAAGUGCCGCUUGUCUGUGAGCGGCUGGUUUCACGGUCCCUCAGUGGCAAGGCCAGUGCGCUAUGUGGAACCACUUUUGCCACGGAGCCCUCACCUCCCUCGUGAUCACGAAAUUUUAUAUGAUUGGAUCAAUCCAGUUUAUCUAGACAUGGAUUCCCAGGCCCAGAUCCAAGAGGAGUUUGAAGAUCGGUCUGAAACCCUGCUAAAGGAUUUUCUCAAGAGAGAGAAAUUUCAGCUCGUCUGUGAGGCUCUGAAGAAGGAAGGACUCAAAUGGAGCAGCAGGGGGCCCCCUAACAAAAGGCAUUAUGACAAAGCUGAAGAGGAGAGCCUGCCAGACAUCUUGAAAAAUUGCAUGGAGCUAUUCCGCUCAGAAGCCUUCUUCCUGCUCCUUUCCAACUUCACAGGCUUGAAGCUGCACUUUCUCGCUCCUGGGGAAGAAGACGAUGAAAAGGAAGGGGAAGGAGAAAUUGCUGCAGGCGGCGAUUCUUCCAGAUGCACACAAGGAGAAAGCAGCCAAGAGGAAACUGGCAGUCGGGAGUACACAGAGGCACAUGGGAGCAUCUCUGACAACAAGGUCAACAGAGAGUGUGACUCAAGUGUCCCUCUGUGUACUGGAGAGCUGAGGCAUUGGACCAAAGGUUGCUACACUCUAGUCCAUGAUGCUGAAACAACAGAGUUCUCACUAGAUCUGCUGCUCUUCUGUGGGUGUGAAGAUUGGGACGUGGAGUAUGGUGGCUUUACUUCAUACCUUGCAAAAGAUGAAGAUGAAGAGCUGCUGCUGAUCACUCCAGAGAUGAACUGUUUGGCCUUGGUUUAUAGAGACCCAGAGUCGCUGAAAUUUGUGAAGUAUAUCAACCAUCGUUGUUUGAAGCAAACAGCCAGAGAGACAGAGCAAACUGGAUUCUGGGACAUUUGCUUUGUUUACUAUGAAUGACAGUUGCCACAUGGACUCAAAGAGUUGUAUAGUUGGGUCCCGAGGGUCAUCUAGUCCGAUCCUCUGCAAUGCAGGAAUCUCAACUAGAUCUUAUAUGACAGAUGGCCAUCCAACCUCUGCUUAAAAGCCUCUAAGGAAGGAGAGUCCACCACCUCUCAUGGGAGUCUGUUCCACUGUCAAACAGCUCUUGCAGUCAGAAAUAUCUUCCUGAAGUUGAGUCGGAAUCUCCUUUGAAGACAUUGGUUCAGGUCCUAGCCUUUGGAGGAGAAAACAAGCUUGCUCCAUGUGACAGCUCUUUAGGUAUGGCUAUUGCAUAAUACCCACCUCCCUCAGCUGUUCCUCAGCAGGCCUGGCUUCCAAACUGUUGACUGUCUUGAUCAUCCCCUUCUGCACAUGUUCCAGCUUGUCAAUAUCCUUUGUAAAUUGUGGCACCCAGAACUGGACACAGGACUCUUGGUGCAGCUGGUUCUUCCCAAAGACAGGUGGGAAUGCUGCUGGUCUGCCUGCACUCCGUAAACAAAUAUGGUGUUGGAGGAACCUAGGACAGUACCCCUGAGCAACUUCAACAUUUACAUUAAUGCUGCAUCAAGUUCUCACCAGUCCAAUACAUAGGAUAGGGAGCAAAACCUGCACCUCAUCUUUGCUGCAAGUGGAGAUGGUGGUCUGAAUGAGCUCUACUGUCAGAAAUCAAAUUUGCAAGCUGAAACCAUAUAGGGAAACCAAGAUUACAAAAAAAGGGCUUCAUUUUCAUCUAAUUACUGGUGAUUUGGAAUGUGUAUUUCAUUCUCUGUACCAUUACCUCAUCCUAUGCAAGGGCUGCAAACACAUUCUUCUCAAUGGUGGGAAGGGCAGGGUGUUCCUCCUGUCAUUGCUUACCACCAUGUCAUCCUUUUUUGGCAAGUGUGGUUACUGUUGUAUGGAAGCCCAAGACAAACUUUUUUUUUCCCUGGGAAGGGGGUCAGCCGGUUUCUGCUGCUGUAGUGCUUAGGGGUUGUGGGUUGUUGCAUAGAAGGGCAAUGCAUAAUUGUUACAUCAGGCAUGAUAAGAGUGAUUUUUAAAACAGAACUUAGGGACAUGUGUCCUAGCAACUUAAAACAAGAGGGUCACAAUAAAAAGCUGUAGUUUUAGGAUUUCAUUAUAUAACCCACCUUUUGACUGAAUGGGGGCCUUAAGGUAGCUUAAAAAGGGGUAUAUUUGAUUUUAUACAUGAAAAUCAAAUAUACUUCCCUUUUUGCCAUUUACAAGGGCUCAAUAUCACAAGAAUAUCAACUAAUGAUAUUUAGUGGUCACAAAUUUCUUGAGCACAGAGAAGAGGGAGCUUGAGGUCUGUUUGUUUUAUUGAAGAUUACUGAUCUUAAGUGCUGCAACAUACUAUUGCUUUCAUCAAUAAAAAUACUAUACAUGGC